GCCUGAUCAACACCUCAAUUUAAUCGACGUAACUUGAACACCAUAACCCUUAACGACUCUUUGCAGAGGUCUUUUAGAAGCCAUGAUAUGGAAGUGACACUAACAGUGCUUUAAUAUUGAUAGAGAGCGAUAGUAAAGGCAUAAAGUCUGUCGCAAGGCUGUCGCAGGCUUGCGCCCUGUAAUGACCAGAGUCCACCAUGUCCUCCCAUCUCUCCCAUCUCUCUCAAUUCGACCACACGAAGAUCAACGCACAAGUUAUCCGGGAAGCAAACCUUGUUGUAGAGACACAUUUGGUAUCCGACCUGGUAUCUGGUCAGAGACGUGUCCCGAAACAAAAAGUAUGGAGGGUUGAGCGAAUCAUUGGGAAGGGCGCGUUUGGCGAAAUUCGUUUGGAGGUUCUCAUGGAGGGGAGCGAGCAGAGGGCAGUGAAGCGUCUGUGGACAAGCGGAUCGACACUGAAAAGGGAAUAUCAAAGGGAGCUUGAGGCUCUAGUGGAGUUCUCGAAAUUGAAAUACAAAGAGGCGGCCGUGUUUGUGGAAUUCUUAGGCUGGUUCGAGGAUUCUGACAGCGUAUACUUGGCUAUGGAAUACAUUCCCCUAGGUGACCUUGAGCACAAUGUGCCCUCUAGGCCUGGACAAUUAGUGGAACCAGAAAUCAGGCUCAUCACCUUUCAAAUCUUAGAAGGUCUGAAGAUCAUGCACUCGGAAUCUUUCGUUCACCGAGAUCUAAAGCCCAAGAAUGUUUUAGUAUGUAGAACGGGUCCCCAGUGGUGGGUCAAGCUUGCCGAUUUUGGAUUAACUAAAAGACGCACCGAGGAAACCGCAUACCGGACACAAACAGGCACGGAAUCAUACAUGGCGCCUGAGAUAUUAGAUUACGUGCCUCGAGAAGACCCUCACAAGUCUGCAUAUACAACUGCCGUAGAUCUAUGGGCACUGGGAUGCAUCGUCUAUCGGCUGGGAAGUGGAGUUGUCCCGUUUCCACCUGGCCCUUCCUUGUAUAAAUUCUGUGAAAACCCAUCGGGAUUCCUGUAUCAGUCUCUUCAAUUGGACCAAUCUGGCAUAGAGUUUAUUCAAAGUCUACUUGCGCCAAUUCCGCGGGAUAGACUGAAUGCCCAGCAAGCUUUAGACCAUCCUUGGAUGCAGAUUGGCUUAAAUCUAAAUUCCACGUCUGGUCUAGUUCCUUUUAGUGACUACGGGCAACGAACUACUUGGGAAUCUACUCUUAACACUGAGGGAUACGAUACUGUGACCCAUGCUGGCUUGCAAAGCAUAUCAGCAACCCAAAGUAUUAGCAGCCAUGGCUCGCCCUCCAGUCUUAGGCCCAUCCCACUACAUACUACAAAGGAAACAAGUCAACCAUCUCUGGCUGCAGGCAUAGCUACCUCGAAUCAUUUAGAUGGCACAAAUAUCGACGAGAGCCUCGACAACUCUACUCAGAGGAUAGUUGCGGACUUAGCUCCGCCCUUGUAUGCGGAUGGCUAUGUGCAAUCUGACAAGUCUACAUUCAAGACGUUCACUAGAGAUAUGCCAGUGAAGGAAGGACAAGUGGACGAACAUAUAUCCUCGCCUAAAUUCGCAGAAAGUAUUGAGAAAGUGUGGAAGGAAAGUGAGAGAUUUUUACAAGAAAAUUCUCCUAGGCAAACAUGGGCUAAUGUAGCCGCAACCGGACUCACUCCUCCGCAAAUGUCCGAAAGGCCAAACUCCAACCUAGGCCAGCCCCGAACUCCUUCAAUCCCAGCGUCCGUAAUUCACCAAACUCCCCAGGCAAAGGCUGUGGCUCCCCGUAGCCCUUUCCAACGCACAACCCCUAGGAGCGCAGCAAUUAUCAUCAGGAAUCCAGAAGGUGACAUUGUUAAGCUGCCAUCGGCAAAGCCACUAGGCGAUGCCGGCCAUGGACUAAAUCGUCCGGAUAUUUAUCGCUCAGCCACCUCUACCCAUGCCUCAGAAGCUCCAGUCAAUACUGUUUCCGGUGGUCUAAUUGUCAAACCGAGCGCUUUAAUCGCACCUACAGUUUCUCAAGUGACCUCUCACGGAAGGUCUAACAGCUACGGGGCUCCGGAGAAAUCAAAUGCAGGCAUAGAGGAUGCUCCGCUAAGCAAGUCUGCUAAACGAAAGGCAAAGAAAGCGAAAGAGCUGUACGAGAAUUCUACUGCGAAACUUCCGGUUGUAGAAGUGAAUCCUUUUACGGUUCUCGGGCCAGUGAGUGAUCUGCCGACUAAGGAUACCCCCGAGAGAAACGAAAAUCCGUUAGGUACAGCAGACACCGGAGCAAAAACAAAGGCGUCUCUUACUGCUUUUGAAAAAUUUAAGCUGCAUAUCAAACAGGAAGCUGAAGCCACCAGAUUAGAGAAAGCUAGGAAAGCUCGAGAAGUAAAGCUCGGCGACUUGAUAGCAUUCUCUAAGAGUUUCAACCUUCACGCCCCGAUUCCAGGGGAUCUACUUCCGAUCCUUACAAAGGACCCGGCGAAACAGCGGCAAAUUCAGGCUAAGGCAUUGAAGGAUACCAAACCAUUGUUGGCAUCUUAUGAACCGACACUAGAGGAUGCAAAACGAAGCGUUGGGUAACUAAGGAGUUAAGAGAAGUAACACAAUGUAUUAAACGCAAUCAUUAAUGACGAAAGACUGCAGUUACUCCUCCAUUGUUAUUACGCAAAAUUAAAGCUAUAAAUCACAUAUUCGUAGAACAUCUACUCCUCCC